AUGGCACUCCUAGAAUUACCUCCAGAGAUUCUGAUGCAAAUUAUGGACUAUGUGGGAUCGUCUUAUUUCCGCCAGAAUCUAGGAUGCCUCACAGUCUGCAAACAGUGGUUUACAUUUGCUCGUACUGCAUACUUCAAGGACCUCCAACUCUCCCAAAACAGUCUACAACGUCUGAUGUCUUCUCAUGAUGUGGAGAGGGGUCUGCCACUGGUCAGAAACAGCUUGGAAAUCCUGGAUCUUGAACUCAAGGGAUUCGAAGAUUGGAGAUCUAUACCGGAGUCUGGAAGCUACUCACAGGAUGCGAAUGUUUUGGAUGCCCCAAGUUGGGAUUGGGAUCAUGGACUCGCAUUGCGCUUAGCUUGGACCAGAGUCUUGGAUAUUGACCUAGCCCGGCUUGCCAUUAUAGCCAAAGAAUCCCCAAGAUUGCGGGUAUUUACGCUUGAGGGAGGUGCUCGUCAACUUAGUCUGUCGAAUGAGUCUCCAUUGACAACGUCAGCAACGCACUCAUCAGCAUGUUGGCCCACAGAAGGUGGAUUCCUUAAAUUGAAGGCGGAUAUCGAGGACCAGGCAAAAGCUUUUGUGGCUCAUAUGGCGUCUCCCAGAUUCAUAAGAAUCCUAACACAUACGCUCCCGCAACUCGAGAUGCGAUCCUUCGACGUCCUGACGGGUAAAUGCAUGAGACUGGCUGACAACAUGGCGUGGGAAGAUGACGGUGAGAUUAUUGAGGAAGAUUCGGACUCAGAAUCCGAAAUCCUGGACGAUGGCUUCUCUACAUCCUCUGACGAGUAA